CAGCCGCCUUUAUGAAGAUGCUAAUGUGUGACCGCGGCGUCCAGAUGCUCGUGACGACGGUGGGCGCGUUCGCCGCCUUCAGCCUCAUGACCAUCGCCGUGGGCACCGACUACUGGCUGUACUCGCGCGGGGUCUGUCGCGUGAAGAGCAGCGGCGACAACGACACGAGCCGCAAGAACGAGGAGGUGAUGACGCACUCCGGCCUCUGGCGGACCUGCUGUCUGGAAGGAACAUUUAGAGGUGUUUGUAAGAAGAUAGAUCAUUUCCCAGAGGAUGCCGACUAUGAAGCAGAUGCUGCUGAAUACCUCCUCCGUGCUGUGCGUGCCUCCAGUAUCUUCCCCAUCAUGAGUGUGGGUCUGUUGUUCAUGGGGGGACUCUGCGUGGCAGCCAGUGAGUUUUACAGGAGCAGACACAACGUCAUCCUCAGUGCAGGGAUCUUCUUCGUAUCUGCAGGUCUCAGUAACAUUAUUGGAAUUAUCGUCUACAUCUCAGCCAAUUCUGGUGACCCGGGUCAAAGUGAUAGCAAGAAGUCCUACUCAUAUGGCUGGUCAUUCUACUUUGGUGCCCUCUCCUUCAUCAUGGCUGAAAUGGUAGGCGUUCUGGCUGUGCACAUGUUCAUCGAUAAGCAUCGCAAGCUACGAGCCAAGUCCCGUACGGAGCUCAUAAAGAAGUCCGCCUUCAGCCGCAUCCCCUCUUAUCGCUAUCGAUUCCGGCGUCGCUCCAGUGUCCGUUCAUCCGAAGCCCCCAGUCGUGACACAUCACCAUUGGGGAAAGGUGGCUACAUGGGGCCUGCUGCCUCUGAGAUGCCCAUGUACACCCUGAAUCCACGAGAAGCCGGCAAUGCUGGCACCAAACCAGUUGGUGGCAUUGGCGGUCUGCUUAACUCAGAGAGGGAGUUCCUCCAGAGCAGCACACUUACGAAAGACUACAACAAGGACCCCAACCGCAGGACCACACCCGUCUGAGAGAAUCUGGCUGUAGCUAUCACACAAUCAGAGUAUCAAAGAGGAGGAGUACAGUGAGAAUGACAGCGAACAGAGAAUA